AUGCCCGCCGUUUUUACGUGCUAAAAUUAUUUGCUCUUCUUUGUUCUCUAUAUUUCACCGAUUUGUGGUGCCGAGUGCCGACUCUCCGUCGUCUUCUCCGUCGCUGAGUCUUUCUCCUGCCGUCUAAUUCGGUGAAGUUGACAUUGUUUUGAUAUAUUCCAGUAUCAUAUUUUUCCUGCUCGUCGUCCCUUAAAGGAAAUCGUGAUGGAUCCGCAGACGCAGAACACUUCGUUACAGCGACUCCAGAAUGUCGAGAGGAGAGUGGUUAGGGUUUUGGAUAUAGCGGGAGGAGUGAUGGACGAGCUGGCGAGCCCUUCUGGGCCUAAGAAAGAGUUCAUCAACAGUCAUUGCCGAGAGUUCAUGCAAUCGAUGAAGGAUAUUCAAGUGACGCUCAGGGAAGAGAUCAAAAGCGUGUGCGAGUACCGUCCCUUUGAGAAAUGCGAUUACAACGCAAGAAUAGCGAAUGAGAUCUGCUUGCAGAAGCUUGAAUAUGUUCUCACACAGCUUGAUGAUCUUAAAAAAACCGCUGACCGGUAUCCUUCUUCCGGUUGAAGAACGAAGCAUCGAGGAUUUCCAAAGAUGUUGUGGAAAUGCUUCUCAAGAAUGUGACCACAGUGAAGAACUGAUGAGCUUUAUAAUCGAGUAAAAACAAUCCGCCGGGUUUAUAAGAUGGUGAAAAAGGUCGUUUGAGUUUUUGCUCUGUUUCUCUCUCGUGUGGUGGUGUUUCUUCUGGAUUUCAGAGACUCAUCUCAUAUUAUUAUAAAUUGUUGUUAUUUAUUCUCUGCUUUCUCUGUAAUUUCUCUCUGUAUUGUAUUCAUAUCUUCUUUUGGGGUUGUAAUAAAAUUGAGAGCAAAUAAACUCAUUGGUUUUUUGGUUAA